AUGGAUUUGUGCUUCCAUUUUUCAGGUACUGUGCAGCUCACAGACCUGAAGUUGAAGGCCGAGGCACUGUAUGAGCUGGAGCUUCCCAUUGAAGUGAAAGCUGGCUGCAUUGGCAAGCUCUCUGUGGACAUUCCCUGGCUGAGCCUGUACUCGGAGCCCGUGCUUGUCCACGUGGAGGAUGUUCUCAUCUUGGCCGCCCCCAUUGGUGAUGAGCCGUACGAUGCAGACAAGGAGCGCCUCCUGGCGAGGGCACGCAAGUCUCACAUGCUGGAGCUUCUGGAGCCCACUUUGGCUGAGCUGGAUAAACCACGAGGGUUUGUGGAGAACUUCCUUGGGACCAUCAUGAACAAUGUGCAGGUGUCAGUGCAGAAUGUGCACAUUCGUUAUGAACACACCCUGAGCAGUGCUAGGCAGCCAUUUGCGUGUGGCAUAGUGCUCCAGUCCCUGACUGCGAUCACCACCAGCAGCAAGUGGAAGCCAAUUCAACUGGAUUUCUCAUCCAGGACAAUCUACAAGCUAGUCAAGUUGGAGUCCCUCUCUGUCUACUGGAGCUAUUGCCACUCAAGUGAUGACCUUAUUCGACGUCAGCUGCCAUCGGUCAUCUGGAAGAACCUGAUGAAGAAGGCUCUUCAGACAUUUAGCAUUGGCGAUGAGGAAUUUGACUUUGUUCUCAAGCCAAUAUCAGCAAAGGUCAAGAUAAUCUUCAACAAGUCGCUCGAGUCCACCGUCCCAAAGCUUCUUGUAGAUGUUCUGCUACAAGAUGUGGCACUGCAGUUAUCUCGGCAGCAGUACCUUGAGAUGAUCCUACUUGGCCAGUCAUUUGCAUUAAUGGAGAUCAACCAACAAUACAGGAAGUAUCAGCCGAAUGUUCCAUGCAAGGGCAGUGAGAAAAAGUGGUGGCAUUAUGCAUACAGUGCAGUCAUUGGAGAGUAUGUCAGGCCCUACUCUUGGAAAGCGAUCCAGAAACACAGGCACAACUACCGGCAGUACAAAGAAAUGUACAUCAAGCGACUGCAGGCACCAAAUGAUGCAGAAAUCCGGGUUGAUGUGCAAAUGCUGGAAGAUAAACUGGACGUUUCAAACAUUCUCAUGGCCAGAGAGGAGGCUAAGCUGGAGCUUCUUCGUGAGGAGCCAAAUCGUGCAGUGCCACGCAAGCGAGACCAGGGCUGGUGGGCCUCCUGGUUUGGCAGCACUGCAGAAAGCGAGGAGGUGGAGGUGAUUGGUGAGCGUGAGCGCAGCUUCUGGUCCCGCCUCACUCCUGACGAGAAGGAGAAGCUGUAUGAGGCGAUCGAGUACGCCGAUGCCUCGUCUGAGGUGCCUGAGCACUACAUCGCUCACAAGGUGAAUUUCACCCUGGCCAACUGCACCCUGUCUUUUGUGGCUGCUACUGGCUACGAAGUGCUUGUGUGCACGCUCAGUCAGUUCCUGAUGAGUUUGGAGACCCGUCCUGGUGCACAUGCCUUCAAGGUGUCUGCACGUGCCGAGGGCUUUGGCAUUGAGGGUGCCUCCGGUGACCACCAUGACCUGGUCACCGUAUUGUCGGUGGACAGGUCAGCUACAGAGAUAGCCCCACAGCACGUAUUUGCACUGGACUUUGAGCAGAACCCGCUGGACAUAAAGACUGAUUACAGCAUGAUGGUGUAUGCAGAACCAGUUGAAGUUGUCUACAAUGAGCAUUCAUUGUCGGAACUGCUGACAUUUUUUAGUGUCCCAUAUGUGUAUGACAUGCACAGCCUUGCUGUUAAGCAGCUCAACACAUUGGCAUCAUGGAGCAAGGCAGGCCUGCUCCAUGCACUGACACAUCGCAAGACCUUUUUUUUUAAUAUUGAAUUGAAGUCUCCAUACUUUGUCGUGCAUGAGCACGGGUCAUUCGAAAAGAGUGGCAACAUCCUAGUAGUCGACAUGGGGAAGCUGACUUUCAAGAGUGACCUCCAAAUUGAUUCUCUUCAGCUUGAGGAAGCCACCAGUAUGGAGAUAGAGGAGAAGCUGUAUGACCGGUUCAGUGUGUGCCUCUCGGACAUCCAGCUACUCUUCACCGACUCGGGGGAUGAGUGGAGGAUGGCCCGACUGCUUCCCGAGUCCGACAUGCACUUGCUGGCUAAGGUCAAGGUGCAGGUGCUCUUUUCAAACAGCGUCAAGCCAGACUAUCGAUUUCUGCCCAGGCACAAGCUGAAUGUCUUCGUGUCCAGCCUGAAGCUGAACCUGUCAGACAGGAGGCUGGGCCUCCUCGUGGAGUUUUGCCAGCAUUUCCCACUGCCUCAUCUGUUGGCGGUUGACAGCAGCAAAGAGGAAGUGUCAUGCUUCGGGGCUGGCAAAGACACAAAGACCGAACCUACAACUGCGGAAUUGAAGCUCAUAAAAGAGCAUGUCACUCAAGCUCCCAUAUCUGUGUUAUGCAAGCCAUCAAGAUCUUCCACUCAGCUUUCCAUCGCUGGUUCGGACCUGUCGGCAUCCAACCACUCGGACGAGGAGGAGGAGGAGGGAUGGGGCCAUGCGUUGGAUGUGCCGGGCUUUGAUGACAAUGUGUCGGCCAGCAACACCAUCAACUCCCUGCUGCGUUUUGUGCUGAGCGAGGUGGCCCUACACCUGGCUCGCUCAAGUGACCAGGCGGAGAAGCCGUAUCUGAUGCUACGCUUGGAAAAACUCUGUGCUGAUGCUGCACUCAUGGAAUAUGGCCCUGCAUUACAGGCCACCAUUAGUGGCAUUUAUUUAGUCGACAAGCUUCACAUUGGAUCCACUGGUGGGUACCUGGAACUCCUGACCUCACGUGCCACUCAGGACAUGGUAUCCCUUCUCUACCGCAAGGUUAAAGCAAGCUGCCCAGAGUUCAAGUCGGACUUCCACCAGGUGGAGCACUCAGCUGUAGUUGACUUCACUUCGGUGAUUGUUACAUUCCAUCGAGAGGCACUGCUCACCCUGGGCCGAUACUUGCUCUAUGUGUAUCAAAAGCUGAAUGUGAAAGACCUAGGCUACGCUAAGGUCAUCCCCGAGUUUAAGCGAGCCACUGGACUUUUCGUGGGUGACCCUCCUGUUCCAACAGGCUCGACCAAGAUGAAUCUUGCACUCCACGUUCGUGAGAUCAGUGCUCGACUCUGUGAUGUUGACGUGGAGCUUGCUGACGUCCACGUCUCUAGGCUUGACAUUAACUAUGUCCUGAAGGCAAACGAAAAGGAGAUAAUUCGAGUUGAGUUGACUUACCUAUCUGUAACUGACCUCAUGCAAUCAACACUCUACAGCAAGGUUCUUUUCGUUGAAGAUGAGAAGCUUAUUGACUUGAAGUAUGUCAGAAAAGCGCCCAGGGCCAAGUGCAUUGAAUGGAUGGACGAGGAGAAGCUGAAAGGCCCUGAUGGCAGCAUUCGGCUGCACAUUGGCCGAGUGCAGCUGGUGCUGCUUCACAGGUUUUUUGUGGACCUCCAGAAAUUCCUUGAGCCAUUUCUGCAGCCUCAGUUCAAGUCCUCUGCACUCAAGACGGCUGAGAAGGUGGUCCAGAAAAAGGUAGCCGAGCUGUCACAUGUCAUGCUGGAGCUGUGCAUUGACAUCCAUGCUCCGACCGUACUGGUGCCCCAGAAGUCGGACUCUCCCAAUUUAUUGGUGCUCAGCCUGGGAGACUUGAGCAUUGAGAACUUCUUCAAGGAAAUAUCAGUGGGUCCUAAACCCGACUACGUGGACAACAUCCUGGUGCGCCUCAGCUCACUGCACAUGACCAGAGCCAUUAUUUUGCUUGAUGGAAGCACCCAGCCACAGGAGUCAAUCUUGGAGCCUGUGAAACUGAAUAUUGACAUCAAGCGAGCCCUGACACUGUUCAACAGAAACUUCAUGGAGUAUGAAAUCCGUGGUGCAGUGGACCUAGUGAAGGUUAACAUUGGUCAGAGGGACCUGAGCACCAUCAUUGCCAUCUUCAAAGAAAACUUGGAAGAAAGAGGAGUCAUAGAGUCUCACGACCAAGUGUCCACGCCAUUGUCUCCGCCUCUCGUGGUCUCUUCCACUCCUGACCCUGUGAAAAAGCUGGAGCAUUUCCUGACAAGCUCAGUUGAUGUCUACAAAAAGUCAAACGCGUUCUUUUCUCUGGAGGGACUGCAUCUGGCACUGUAUACCGACACAGAAGACGCUCAGCUGUCGUCACCUGUGCGGGAUCCCCUGCAUGCACUUUCCAAGCUGGAGCUAGAAGAGCUCACUGCCAGCCUGAAUCUCUUCAGUGACCAGUCCCUGGAAGUCAAGUGUUCCUUGCAGAGCCUGCUGGUACAAGACACGCGCACCGAUUCCACCCUUAUUCACACCAGGGUGGUUUGCUCGUGCGCUGGAGGCCCCGAUACAGUGGCUGCUGGCAUCAGUGUCAGUUCUCCUAACAUGGUUGACAUCACAUACAGGGAGACUGCAUCGGGAGACGCAACUGUGGAUGUGCUGGUGGCUGAGAUGUCUUUGCGGGUGUCCGUGCCCUACCUGCUGGCCCUGGCACACUUCUUCUGCGACGCACUGCCACCAUACAGCAAUGUGGACCUGCAACUAGGUACACCUGGGAGGCUGCCCUCGAGUGGUCACCACUACUGGAUCAUCGGGGCCCAUUGUCUGGGCCUCUCCUGCUCGCUGGUCCUCCAGAAGCCUGAGAUUAUCUUCUUUGCCGACCCUAGGGACCAUGGCAGCCAAGUGAUCGCCCUCAAGAUGGACAUCAUGGUGGACUACUGUCGAAACUUGGGCCAGCAAAACAUGACAGCUUCUGUAAUUGACCUGAGUGCCUCGUCCUUCUUUUGGGACCAGAGGAAGAGCACCUUGUACACGGUUGCCAAGCCCUUCAACAUUGAAUUGAACCAGUCAUACAAGCCAAGCAGUAGGGAGCACUCACUUCUGGCCAAGACGAGUGAUAUCAGUGUCCACCUGUCGACACAAGUACUGUCAACAGCAACAUUCAUGGUUACCGAGCUUCUGUCCAACUUGAAGGAGGUCACGGAGGAUGCAAGGCCGGCACCGGCUGAGCCCCUUGAGCUGUGGUCACCUAAAGUGGUGAGCCCACCAACUUACCAGGAAGAGCAGGCAGGCAGCAGAGGUGUAUCUUUGUCACACUCGUCGACCGAGUCCCUCCAAGUCAACCUGCCAAAGGUGUCUGUGCUGCUCGAAACAGAUACAGGCCACGAAAAAGUGCCCACCUUACUUUUACAAGCUUCACUGAAAGCUGACGUCCACGAUUGGUCUAGAAAGAUGUACCUGACAGCAGAUGUGAAGCUUGAGGCCUUGUACUACAGUGAAGAACGGAGCACUUGGGAACCACUGAUUGAGCCUGUAAUGGAAUGUGAAAAUAGCUAUCGCCCUUGGGAGCUGGUUAUCAAGGUUUUCAAGGAACAGAGUUAUUUCAUCGUCUCUGCAAAGGAUAGCCAUAGCUCAGAGCUGCUCCUUGAUGCGGUGGAUAGGCUGGAUGGAAUGUCCUAUGCGGGUUCCUGUGGCAGCGCUAGCACUUCGGAUGAUGCUAGUGAAACUGAGAUGACCGUCAUCCACAAGCCACCACCUGCCAGGCCCAAGAGGGCCCUCAGCCAAAAGUCCAAGGAGUCCUCAACACUGCUGGCAGUUGACUCUGACUCAGAGACAGAUGAGAAUGUCCUGCACAAGAUUGCCCAGGCAUUCGGGCACCUCUUCUCAGACCACAGCAGUGAGGACGAUGAGGAGGAGUCGGAGGAGACUGAAAUGGCUGAUAAUGAACUCUCCACGGCUGACGACCGGCCAGUAUUUUUGGAAAAAGGUGACACUCGUGAUGGCACACAAGACAGCUCGGCUGAGACUGCUCUUGCAACGUACAUCCUUGCUGAAUCUCGGGACUGUCUUAACAUUAAUGUCACCUCCACUGCCGCCAGGAUUUUCUUCAAGUUGUGGAAUGAUGUCAAGGAGAAGAAGUUGGCGUUUCCACGCAACGUUCCUGUGGCCCAGGAAGCUGUUGCAGUUGUCAACUGGCUGGGCCCAGAGUCUCUGCUCUCUGUGCUAGUCAAAGAUGCAAGUGAGCGGUUUGUGGUGUCUCGGCAAGUGUGGGGACAGGCCCCAGCAUUCAGCCCUGGCAGCUCAGCCGGCCCCUGUGUCAGGAAACAGUUAUCUUUUGACGAGCAUGCUGGAUGUGCCGAGGCAGCGAGCACACCUGUUUCACCGUUCGAGGAGAGACCCCUCAGCGACUUGUACAGGGAAAGGACAAAGAAGAGGCUCUCCUUGGAGGUCCCAGGUUUUGAAAAGUUCCAGUGCUGGAUGCCAACAAAAGCAGGGAGUUCAUUGUUUGCUCUUCAUCCAAUGAAAAACAAGGUGCGAUACUACUUCAUUCUGGAUGUUAAUAUUGCAAAUGGAAUCAAGACCAUCACAGCCCGAUCCCCUCUCAGGCUGGAGAACCACCUUCCUCGGCCAGUGCAGCUGCUGUGCGAGAAGUGCAGUUUGGAAAUGCUGGGAGUGCCUACCGAGCGAUAUGCGCAGAACCCGUUCCACGAGACGCACCUUCGGCUGGCCACGCUGGGCCCCGGGGGAGCCACUUACCACGUGCCCCUGUUUGUGGCCUACCAUUCACGCAUCUUCCUGCAGCCAACGUCCGUCACCAGUGACUGCGCAGGCUAUGAGCCCUCCACGGAUGGCCUCUGGUGCCAGGACAUUGUGCUUCACAACCAGAGGGCUCAAUUCCUGAGCUGCACUUCACGAAUGGACAAGCACCUCUUCUGGAUCAAGGUGGUGUGCCGGGAAAGUCAGGAUGUGCGCUCAUUGGCCCAGGGCACCCUGCCCAACUGCACACUACUAAUUGUGCCACCCAUUGUGGUUCACAAUGCGCUUCCCUACACAAUGGAGCUGCACCUUAAGGAAUUUCCUGGGGAAAUCAAGCUGGAUGAAGGUGACUCAGCUCCUGUUUUUUCUGUGCCACCUAAUGACAGUGAGGAAGUCUUCAUUGAGGUGCCCUACUAUCUGGGCUCCUCAUGGAAGGGCCGAGCUGAGCUGUCAGCGAGCCUGGACGAGAGCCGAGUGAUUGGCAUGCAGCCUCAGCAAGUGGGGCGCAUGCACCGCCACCUCAGCAUUGCCACCCACCUGGCCAAUAGGAGCAGCAGCAGCAGCCUGGCCUGGUUCCUGUACGCUCCUUACUGGAUCAUCAACAAGACUGGCCUGCCACUGCAGAUCAGGGGCUCGAACUCGGACUUAAUCUACGACUGCAGUGCUUCAUGUGAAGAACCACUGCUGUUCCGUUUCAAGAAACGAAAACACAAGAGGGCCAAAAUACGGGUGUACAACUCCAGCUGGUCAUUAUCCUUCAGCCUGGACACAGUGGGCAACAGUGGUGUGGCAGUGUGCAAGGACAAGGAGCGUAACAAGACUUACAGGUUCUUUGUGCAGAGUCAAAUGUCAACCAUGAAACUUUCCAAGAUGGUGACCAUCAGCCCCUUCUUUCUGGUGGUCAACAACACAAAGCACCAUUUCCGGUUCAUGGAGGAGAAUGAGUCUGCUGACCUCUGGAUUGACAUUGGUCCCCACCAGUGCCUCCCAUUCUGGCCUGACAAGGACAGCAUGAAGAUGUACGUGCGCCACAAGGACAGCACUGUCACCUCCCAACAUUUCCACUUUAGCCACAACCAGAGCACUGUGCUGCGCAUGGACCAUGGGUCUGCUCUUUGUGUGGAGGUCUCUGGCGGAGUGGAUGGCCCUAUCAAGAUAUCACUCUUUCCAUACAGCCCUGGGGAUGCACCUGUGCGUGUAGAAAACUUGUGUGAAGACCUGUUUUUGAAGAUACACCAGAAAGGUUUGGGCCAGGUAACGUUGCUGAGUCCAUUUCAGUCAGUGUUGUACACCUGGGAUGACCCAACUCUGGAAAGAACACUCAUGUGGAACAUUUACAACAGGAAAAAGCCUGGAUUCACUGCACACAUAAAGCAGGAUGGUUUUGGCAAAGAAAAAGUUUCAUUUAGGUCCCUUCGCCCUCCACUGAAUGAAUCCAACAAAACAGCUAAGGCAUCUGUUGACCACAGCAGCACAGAUGAUGACAGUGAGUCAGAACAUAGCCUACUGUCCAAGAAGACUCGCAAGGACAUUGUCAUUGUCUACUGGAUCUCAUUCCUGGACCUGAGCCAGAGAGUGCUACUCUUCACACAGGACGAGAGGGUGUGGAGAGGAGCUCGGAAAGUGGUGGACGGUGAGCAGUCGUGCCUCGAGAUGUUUCUGUGCCUGCAUGGGGCUGGCGUUUCCCUGAUGAGCCAGUCUCUGGCAGAGCUGGCCUACCUGAGUGUGUACAGUGCCCCCGCUCAGUGGGAGGUGCGCAUCCAUGACGCCUGGAAGCCUCUGACCCUGGAGCUGGCCACCUGGCUUGAGUACCGCUGGUCCUCUCACACAAGGGUUGCCGAGCUGAAGGACUACGUGCAGGUGGACUUUGAAAAGAUGCAGAUGACCAAGCCGUUCUAUGGACCACUGCAGCGUACCUACCAGCCCGCCCUGUGGCUGCAAUAUCGGCAGUCAGAUCAUCAGACGCUAGUAUUGUUCAAGGUUCAAAGGAUUCAGCUGGACAAUCAGCUGCCCGAUGCGGUCUUCCCCAUUGUCCUGCAUCGGUCCCCUGCAACUAGACAGCCCGUGCUGGAAGCUGCCUUGCUGCUACGUCGCACCUACCAGCUGAACACCGUCAAGUACCUCAAGGUUUUGCUGCAGGAGCUGCACAUCAGAGUGGACAAGGGCUUCCUCCUUUCUCUCUAUGAUGCUUUCAGUGCGAUGCUGCCCAACCAAGAUGAGAAAACGAAGCUCAAGUCUGACAUGAAGCUGAUUUAUGCACCUCUGCAUCCUUUCAAGCCAGAUCUUGACACUUCACGUACCCAGCGAACUGUGUUUGAGUUUGUCCACCUGUCACCUGUGAAGAUACAUCUGAGCUUCAGCCCACGAGGCACUGUGCGAAAGGCUGACAGAGAUGGCCUGGACAUUUUGGAUGUCUUCCUCAACUCGGUUGGAACCACAGUCAGUGAAAUCAAGAGUGUUGAGUUCAGGUUGGCGUUUUUUGAGCAGAAGGGGCGGCUUGUGUCUCCAGUGGAGCUGCUGAAGGACAUCAAGGCAAACUACAUCUCGCAAGUGGUGCAGCAGUGCUAUGUCCUCAUCCUGGGCAUGGAUGUGCUUGGCAAUCCUUAUGCUCUCAUCAGGGACUUCACCAAGGGCUUUGGCGACUUCUUCUAUGAACCCUCUGUGGGAUCUGUCCAGAGCCCCGAGGAAUUUGCUGAAGGUCUGUCACGAGGUGCACAAAGCCUGAUGGGCCAUGUCAUUGGAAGCCCUGCUGGUUCCAUUGCCCUGAUUACUGGAUCCCUGGGGCAGGCUGUGCUUUCCUUUGAUGUCGAUUACCAGAAUAAAAGAAGGCAGAGGCUAGAGCAGCACUCCAGCUCUUUGCCAGAGUCACUGUCAACAGCAGCGAAAGGAUUUGUUCAUGGAAUCCUGCUUGGUGUUUCUGGAGUUGUGAUGAGCCCUCUUGCAGGAGCUCAUUCAGAAGGCCUUGAGGGUUUCUUCAGAGGCACUGGCAAGGGGCUCAUGGGACUGAUGACCAAGCCUGCCAGUGGAGUUGUCGACAUGUUCACCAUAGCACUUGAUGGCAUUCAACGGGCUGCUGAAAUGGGCAAAGGAGUCAUGGUGAGACAGCGGCUCCCUAGGUUCAUCAACCCAAAUCUGGGAUUAAGGCCUUUUUCCCAGUACCAGGCAACAGGGUACCAGCUCCUCUUGCAGCUCAGCAAAGGCCAUUACUCAGAGACUGACACUUACUGGGCUCAUGCACCACUUGGCAGCAGCGACGGGGCCAACAUUGUCAUGAUUACAGACAGGCACGUGUUUCUCUUGGAGAAAUGUCGACCCUGGGGCGGCUGGGCAAUCCAGUGGAGCAUCCGACUGGAGGAUGUUGUCUCGGUGCCCUUCAUUUCUGGCACCAGCCUUGUCAUACAGGUCAGACAGGAUGAAUCUGUAGCAAGUUUUACGGGCAGUGAGCGCUUCCUUGUUUGCCAAGAUCAAGAUUUACUCAAGUGGCUCAAGCUGAAAAUUGAGACAGUGCUGCUAUUCACCAUGGAAGAAAGGCCCUGCUCUCUUGAUGGCUAAGUCACAAGAAAUCAUUGUUUAAGUUGUUCUGCUGAAAUUUCAUUCUGUGCUCUUCCUUAAAGCAACAGCUAGCAC